AUGACGGACAAGACGAAGCGCGUCGUCUUCUUCCACCCAGACCUGGGCAUUGGCGGCGCCGAGCGGCUCGUCGUCGACGCCGCCGUGGGUCUGCAGGACCUCGGGUACAAGGUGACGGUCUUCACGUCGCACUGCGACAGCAAGCACUGCUUCGACGAGGCGCGCGACGGAACUCUGGACGUGCGCGUCCGCGGCAACUCGCUCGUCCCGCCCUCGCUCCUCGGCCGCUUCUCCAUCCUCUGCGCCGUCCUGCGCCAGGUGCACUUGAUUCUGCAGAUUGCAGUGCUGACAGCGGAGCUGCGCCAGCUCCAGCCGGACGUCUUCUUCGUGGACCAACUGAGCGCAGGCGUGCCGCUGCUACGGCUGCUCUCGCCCGCCGCGCGCGUCCUCUUCUACUGCCACUUCCCCGACAAGCUGCUCGCGCAGCACGAGAACUCACUAAAAACCGCGUACAGAGUGCCGUUCGACAAGCUCGAGAGCUGGAGCACUGGCUGCAGCGACGCCAUCGUCGUCAACAGCAACUUCACAAAAGGCGUCUUCAAGCACGCCUUCCCCGCCCUGGCCCACCGCGACCCCGGCGUCGUGUACCCCUGCGUCGACACGCACGUGUCGGAGCAAGCCGCCGAGGUCAAGAGCCAGGACACCCCGCUGUGGGCGCACAAAGCCGUCUUCCUCAGCAUCAACCGCUUCGAGCGCAAAAAAGACAUCGGGUUGGCAAUCCGGGCCUACGCAAACCUCACGCCGCAAGAACGACGAACGACGCGCCUGGUACUCGCGGGCGGGUACGACGCGCGCGUCGCCGAGAACGCCGCCUACUACGCCGCGCUGAACGAGCAGGCCGCGGCGCUGGGCCUCAAAGCCGCGACGGUCAAAAACGUCAUCACGGCGCUGUCGGUGCCCGACGAUAUCGACGUGCUGUUCCUGCUGUCCAUCCCCACGACGCUCAAAGCCACGCUCCUCGCCUCCGCCCGCUUGCUGCUCUACACGCCGCGCCAUGAGCACUUCGGCAUCGUGCCGCUGGAGGCCAUGCUGGCGGGCACGCCAGUGCUGGCAGCCAACGAGGGCGGGCCGCUCGAGACGGUCGUGGAUGGGGAGACGGGCUGGCUGCGCGACGUGAGUAAGCCCGAGGAGUGGACCGCCGUUAUGCGCUUGGUGCUGCUGGACGAGGGGGAGGGGGGCGUGGGCCGCACGCGCCUGGAGGAGAUGGGCAUGGCCGGCCAGGAGCGCGUCAAGGCGGAGUUCUCGAAGGAGAUGAUGGCGCGCCGCUUGCGGGGCUAUCUGAGCGAUAUGCCGGCGGAGCGGCCGGCGGUGCUCGAUGCCGAGGCGUUUAAGUUGUUGGCGGCCGUGGUGGGGGGCUUGCUUGCUUAUGGGGCUAUUAGGACGUUCUCUUAAGAGUAGGUAGCUACAUAGCUAGCUCGCGUGUUCUAGUGGCCAGCACUUGGCGAAGCAUGCAUAUACAUAGGUAGCACUCCAGCUCGCCCAUUCACCCAAACAAAGAAAGCAAAAUAACAAACAAUCAAACAAAUAUCUUACACACACACACGCCCAACCUCUCUCUUCCCCUCACCCCUCACCCCCUCCCCACGCCCCAAAACAAACCAAACCAAACCCCACACACUCACACAGCCCAAUUAUCCCGCUCAAACACGACCAGCGCCAAGCGAUGCCGAAUGAGCAAGCCCAGCAGCCCCGCCCCAACCUGCGCCGCGCACACGCCCAGCGCGAGCCGGUCCUCGCGCUGCGGUCCCCACCACACCAGCCACAGGUUCAGCAGCGUCAGGUUCGUUGCCGACGUUAUGGCGCCUGUGGCAGGGUCUUCUUGGAUGCGGAUUAGGCGGAGG